AUGUUGGAUGGUCGUGUUGUCGGUAAGAAACUUCUUUAUUUGGAGGAGCCAAGCAGUAGUAGUUGGGUGAAGGAUAACUUCGUGGUCGGUGAUGUACUUGGAUCAGGUACAUUCGGUACGGUCUACGCAGUAGAGUGUCGUCGCAGUCCAGGCACGUUGUAUGCAAUGAAAGAAUUAACCAGAAAUAGUUUACCGAAGUAUGUGGCCACUGAACUAAGAAUAUUGCAGCGUUGUGGUGGUGAACAUAACAUUGUGCGUAUGCAUGCUGCACAUCGAGAAAAAGAUCGAGUCUUUAUUGUUAUGGAUUAUUUUGAGCACACUCCCAUGAGGGAAAUUCUAUCAUCAAUAACAACGAAAGAGAUAAUGGAAUAUAUGAAAAAUCUAAUAAUUGCGCUACAAUAUCUCCAUUCGAAAGGCAUCAUUCAUCGUGACAUCAAACCAUCGAAUUUUCUUUUUGAUCGAAAGAGGAAAAGAUUUUGUUUAAUCGAUUUCGGUCUUUGCGAGGAAUUAAAUCGUUGUACAUCACCUACGAAUAAUGCGCGAUUGAGAAGUAUAAAUGGUACAACUACGCAGCGUUGUGCGGCCAAGCGAAUAUGUUUAGAAAGCGGUGUUUUGAAUCGUGAAGAAGAUUCGGAGAAUGAUGAAUCAAAGAUUAUCGUGAAAAAACAUCAAAAAGCAUUCUCGAAAGUCCGCGUUACGAAUCCAAAUUCCAAGUGUAGUUGUUUCGCUCAACCACGAGUAUGUUCAAUAUGUCAGAAACGACCCAUUCACAACGUCAAUAAGGCUGGCACACCGGGUUUUCGUGCACCAGAAGUGCUGUUGAAAAGUAACGAACAAACUCCACUGAUGGACAUUUGGGCGUGCGGUAUAACGUUCCUGUCACUGCUGUGCGGUAGACAUCCCAUCAUGAGACCGGCAGACGAUCACGAAGCCAUAGCGCAGCUGUCCACUGUUUUUGGUACCAAAUCAUUGCAGUUGUUAGCGAAAAAAAUCAAUUCCUCACUGUUGUUCAGUCCGUCAUUUCCCGGCUUGGAUAUCGUCAAAUUUGUUCGUGCAGUUCGGAAUGGUUCAUUCUUAGUUUAUUGUUUCAUUGAUCCGUAUUUGUUUUCUUAUUGUGACAGUAACGAUUUCAUUGUUCCUUUGGACAAGGUUUUGAAACGUAUAAAUUCGAGUUCGAGCACAAUCACAACGCCAACAACAGCGACUAACGAAUGUCAAAUAUGUAGUGAUCUGUUUUUCGAGAAUAAAUCUGGUGUAUGUUUAUGCAAGAGUUCCGAACAGGCCUCCUUAAGAGAACUUGCUCCAGACGAACGACAGCUCUUUGAAGUACUGAAGAAGUGUCUCGUGAUUGAUCCGGAUGAACGAUAUGAUGCGGAUAUGCUUAGUGCUCUUUUGAGUUGA